CCCCAAGUCAGCAGAUCCAUCUUUCUGAUGCCGUACUGUAAAUUUAUUUCACCUCGGAGAGUAAACAGAUAUAUUGGAGCCCCAAGGGUUCAUGGGUAGCGUAUUUACAAAGGAGCCUGUCUGCCAGCCCGUGCCACCGCUGCUAAUGAGAGCAGUCAUUAAGUAAAUGAGAGGCGCCUUGAGCUGGCUUAGGAGUUCGCAACCAAGGGGAGAGGAUAUUUAAUUGAAACCCACACGCAGGCUCCCCCACAUGCGACCGCAGUGAGGAGGCAGCUGCUUUCCCUCUCCUCCCCGUCCACCCUGCACACCCCCAUGUAAAUUUCAUGAUUGCUUUCCGUGAUGUCAUUUUGAAAGAGGACAGACAAUAGCUGUGGGGAAAGGAAAAGCAGGUCUGGGGAUGGCUUUUUAAAGCUGCUCUGUUCUUCUCCUCCUGGGUCUGCCUGUGGCUGUUCCUCCUCUCUCUCUGCCCCUCCCUCGUGUGCUCACCCGCUUGGCCUGAGAGUCUAGUGGACACGGUGUGCGUCUGACAGAAAAGACAUUGGGGGGACCUUGUAUCAAGACGAGAAACUUUGCGUGCGUUUCUGGAAGCAACACAGACAUAUCUGCAGCUGUGGGACCCGGCGGCGACGUGCCGGGGGUAUCGCUGGCGCUGUAAGCAGAAGACCUCUGGAGUGGGGAUCUCAGAGCCGGCACCUCGUGUGCGGCCCCCCACCCAAGACACGGAGUGGAGAUGGUCAUGGCCUGAGAGGGUCCCGGGACUCCCAGACCUGAAACCCACAGCAGCAAGCGCCUCUCCGCCACGGGGGACGCUGUGCCAGACGCACCACUCCGAGGGCCCCAGGCCUCCUGCCUCCCAUGUGUGUCUUGCUGAGUUGAGUUCCCAAAGCCCUAAGAAAAUGAGUUCCGGGGUGAGCUGCUGAGUCAGAGGUGGACACACGGAGACAAGGCCAGCAGCUGCAGGACCUCGAGCCUCCUGGACGGACGCAGCAAGAUGAGCUUAGAGACUGAGGACAAGCGAGCUCGCACACGAUCCAAGGCCCUCCGAGCACCUCCAGAGCCCGUAGGCGCCGACCUCAGCUGUCCCACCCCAGGAUGCACGGGCUCGGGACAUGUCCGAGGCAAGUACUCCAGGCACCGAAGUUUGCAGAGCUGCCCGCUGGCCAAGAAGAGGAAGCUGGAGGGAGCCGCGGCCCAGCGCCUGGCGUGCAAGCGGAAGUCACACCCCCUGAAGCUGGCUCUCGACGAGGGCUACAGCGUGGACAGCGACGGUAGUGAGGACGCCGAGGUGAAGGACGCCUCUGUUUCGGAUGAAUCGGAAGGAACUCUGGAGGAGGACGAGGCCGAGAUGUCAGGACAGGACGAGAUUCAUCGCCCUGAGGCAGCUGAAGGAAGGAGCCCCAUCAAGUCUCAUUUGGGACCCAACCCCGUCAGCAGCCCCACGGGCCCCUGCAAGGGCGUCUACAGCAGCUACCAGGAGAGCAUUGCAACCUCGCUCCUGAACUUGGGCCAAAUCGCCGAAGAGACCCUGAUUCGGGAGGACUUGGGCCCAGAAGCCAGACCGGGCCCUGGGGCGGUGAGCCUGGUUCAGGAGGAAGCUGAAGAAGGGGCCACCAGCGACGAAGGGGACAAGGAUGUCUUUAUCCAGCCAGAGGAUGCAGAGGAAGUCAUCGAAGUCACCAGCGAGCACUCCCAGGAGCUGUGUCCCCAGUCCCUGGAGGGUGUGACUGGUGAGGAGUCCAGCGAGCGGAAAGUCGCCCUGGUUAACGAGGAUGAGGCUGAGGACGAGGACGACGCCGGUCCCGAUGUGAUCUGCGAGGAGGACGCCCCCCGCGGCCCCACCCCGAAGGCUGCGGAGCCCGCCAGCCCCCAGCCGGAAUACGCAGUCAUCGUGGAGGUGUGCUCUGACGAUGGGAAGGACGAAGACACGCGCUCCCAGAAGUCCGCAGUCACAGACGAGUCUGAGAUGUACGACAUGAUGACCCGCGGGAACCUGGGCCUCCUGGAGCAGGCCAUCGCACUGAAGGCCGAGCAGGGACAAGCCGUCUGCGAGCCCGGCUGCCCGCCUGCAGAGCAGGACCCCCUGGGCCCCGGCGAGCCGGCCAAAGUGACGAGGCCCCUGGAUGCCACCAGGAAGGCCUGCUGCAGCAAAGAUUCCUCGAGAGCUGAGAAACGGGAGAUCAAGUGUCCGACACCGGGCUGUGACGGCACUGGCCACGUGACUGGGCUGUACCCUCACCACCGCAGCCUGUCCGGCUGCCCCCACAAGGACAGGAUCCCUCCAGAGAUCUUGGCCAUGCACGAGAAUGUCCUCAAGUGCCCCACCCCUGGCUGCACGGGCCAAGGUCACGUGAACAGCAACCGCAACACACACAGAAGUCUGUCUGGGUGUCCCAUUGCUGCUGCUGAAAAAUUAGCCAAAUCUCACGAGAAGCAACAGCCGCAGACGGGAGAACUUUCUAAGAACGGCUCCAGUUCAGACCGGAUACUCAGACCUAUGUGCUUUGUGAAGCAGCUCGAGGUCCCUCCAUACGGAAGCUACCGGCCCAGUGUGGCCCCCACCACGCCCAGGGCCAACGUGGCCAGGGAGCUGGAGAAGUUCUCCAAGGUCACCUUCGACUACGCAAGUUUUGAUGCUCAGGUUUUUGGCAAACGCAUGCUUGCCCCAAAGAUUCAGACCAGCGAAACCUCACCUAAAGCCUUUAAAUCCAAACCUUUCCCAAAGGCCUCUCCCCCCAGGCACAGCUCCCGCACUGCAUCCUCUCCCGCAGGCUUCGACUACACACACGACGCCGAGGCUGCCCACAUGGCCGCCACCGCCAUCCUGAACCUCUCCACGCGCUGCUGGGAAAUGCCGGAGAACCUCAGCACGAAGCCGCAGGAUGUGCCCAACAAGGCUGCAGACAUCGAGGUGGACGAGAACGGCACCCUGGACCUGAGCAUGCGCACACACCGCAGGCGGGAGAACACCCUCCGUGGCGGCGGUGGCGGCAGCCCAGGCGUCAGGUCCCCCGACGCCUCCCAGUGCCAGGGCGGCGCCAGCACCCCCAGCAGCUCUAUGACCUCGUCCCGGUCCAGCCAGGCCCCCCGCCAGGACGAGUGGGACCGGCCCCUGGACUACACGAAGCCCAGCCGCCAGCGAGAGGAGGAACCUGAGGAGUCAGAGCCAGCAGCCCAUUCUUUUGCUUCUUCUGAAGCAGAUGACCAGGAAGUGUUGGAGGAGAAUUUUGAGGAGCGGAAGUACCCUGGGGAAGUUACCCUCACCAACUUUAAGCUGAAGUUUCUCUCCAAGGACAUAAAGAAGGAGCUGCUCACCUGUCCCACCCCCGGCUGUGACGGCAGUGGCCACAUCACCGGGAACUAUGCCUCCCACCGCAGCCUCUCUGGUUGCCCUCUUGCUGACAAGAGCCUCAGAAACCUCAUGGCUGCCCAUUCUGCUGACCUCAAGUGCCCCACGCCUGGCUGCGACGGCUCUGGCCACAUAACAGGGAACUACGCUUCGCACCGGAGCUUGUCAGGCUGCCCACGUGCCAAGAAAAGUGGAGCCAAGGUGACACCCACGAAAGAUGACAAGGAAGACCCAGAGCUCAUGAAGUGCCCAGUUCCAGGCUGCGUGGGGCUCGGUCACAUCAGCGGCAAAUACGCCUCACACAGAAGUGCGUCUGGCUGCCCGCUGGCCGCCCGGAGGCAGAAAGAGGGUUCCGUCAACGGCUCCUCUUUCUCCUGGAAGUCGCUGAAGAAUGAGGGGCCCACCUGCCCCACUCCGGGCUGUGAUGGUUCUGGCCAUGCCAACGGCAGCUUCCUCACUCACCGCAGCUUGUCUGGCUGUCCCAGAGCCACCUUUGCUGGAAAGAAGGGAAAACUCUCAGGGGACGAGGUUCUCAGCACAAAGUUCAAGACGAGUGACGUGCUGGAGAAUGACGAGGAGAUCAAGCAGCUCAAUCAGGAGAUUCGGGACCUGAACGAGUCAAACUCAGAGAUGGAGGCCGCCAUGGUGCAGCUGCAGUCCCAGAUCUCAUCCAUGGAGAGGAGCCUGAAGACUAUCGAGGAUGAGAACAGGCUCAUCGAGGAGCAGAACGAAGCCCUGUUUCUGGAGCUGUCAGGCCUGAGCCAGGCCCUGAUCCAGAGUCUGGCCAACAUCCGCCUUCCACACAUGGAGCCCAUAUGCGAGCAGAACUUCGACGCCUACGUGAGCACGCUCACCGACAUGUGCUCCAAGCAGGACCCCAGUGACAAGGACCUCCUGGACAGCAUCAAGCAGGCUGUGCGGGGCAUCCAGGUCUAGGCCUGGCCUUGUGGAUCUGGGGUGCCCAGGGUAUCCCACUUGGCUCCAGUGUUUACCUCCCUCACCCUGCCUUCCUGGUGGAGAGUCCCCGCUCACAGUGACAGCCUGGCAGCCAGGGGUGCCCUCGGGUGCCUACAAACCAGUGUGUCCCUCCACGCUUGCCAGGCCGGGGGCCUCGGCCUCCCGUGUGCGUGCGGGCCGCCAAGCAUCACAAAUUGACUUAUUUUUCUUUCCGGGAAAUAACCCGAAGAGCAGCUCGAAGUCUCCAGGGGAAGCUGAUGGACAAGGUUCUCAGGGAAGUUUUGGAGUUUGCAACCACAGUAUUCCUGUCUGUCGGGCUGGGAGGUGAGCCGGUCGGGCUGGGGCACAGCCCAGCAUCGGCUCAGCCAGGCCAGCGCGGCACUGUGCUUUCUGUUUUCCUUAAAUUCCGUUUUGUGUGAAGAUGGAACAAGGCGCUGUUCCAGGGAAAUGUUAGGAAUGGGCCUGCAGCCCAGUGUCAGCUCCACGGGUUGCACCUGGGACGCCUCUGAGUCAGCGCUGGCUACACAUUGAAGGCCGGUCGUUUGGGCAGCUGGCCCUCCAAACCUGCAGACACGUGAGGCCUGGGGUCAGGCCCCUCCACCGGGCCAGGGCCUCUGGUUCUCUGUGCGUCCACCCAGGCCCGUGACCCUCACUGCCGAAUUACCUGGGUCACGGCUGAGCCUGACCUAGAUGGGGACAAUGCCAGCGAGGUCGGGGACACAUUCCUAAUUGUAGACCACCAAGGUUUCACUUUUUUUUAGAUCUAGUCAAGAUGCGAGAAAAGGUAAAUUUUAAUUCAAUGUGUUAAGAACACAAUGUUCCUACAUGUAAAUAGAGUUGAAAUUGAUUGUGACUGCAAUUCCAAGUUAGUUAUUUAAAAGUAGAGAAAUUGCUCUUCCUGGAAGAAAUAAAAAAGUAGUUAGUUUAAUUAUUCUGUAAAUUAUUUAAUUUUGUCAAGAUGUAUUUAUAUUCACAACCUGUUAUGUUAAUGUUUGCUAUUUAUUUAACAUUUUUAUUUAUUAAUUUUAUACUAUUUUAACUAGACCCCGCACCAGGACACCAUGAGAAACAAAUGAAAUGUAAGCAAAACUAACUGUUGGGUCUUUGGAAAAGUCAUGACACAUGUUUGCAACAUUCGC